AUAUUGUGAAUAAAACAAACACAUUUUCCUUGUAUUUUAGUCUUGCAUUUUAAUGUGAUAGACUGAUCGACAAAUACGCGAAUACUAACACAUCUAGCAACUUUCCGAGGUGAAGAUGGGUCGCUCCUCAAAAGACAAACGAGAUAUCUACUACCGUCUAGCCAAGGAGGAGGGCUGGAGGGCCAGGAGUGCGUUUAAAUUACUGCAGCUGGAUGAAGAGUUUGGCCUCUUCAAAGGUGUAAAGAGGGCAGUGGACCUCUGUGCCGCCCCAGGCAGCUGGAGCCAGGUCCUCAGCCGUAAGCUCAGAGGAAAGGAUGUGAAGAUUAAGGAGAUGGCUGAGGAGGUGAAGAUAGUGGCAGUGGACCUCCAGGCCAUGGCUCCUCUCCCUGGGGUGACACAGAUCCAGGGGGACAUCACUAAAAUCUCUACAGCCCAGGAGAUCAUCAGGCAUUUUGAAGGACAGCCUGCAGAUCUGGUAGUUUGUGAUGGGGCUCCAGAUGUGACAGGACUCCAUGAUGUGGAUGAAUACAUCCAAGCUCAGCUCCUAUUGGCUGCUUUAAACAUCACUACUCAUGUCCUGAAACCCGGAGGAACAUUUGUUGCCAAGAUAUUCCGGGGGAAAGACGUGACCCUCUUGUACUCCCAGCUGAAGAUCUUUUUCAGCGGCGUGACCUGUGCGAAGCCUCGGAGCAGUAGGAACUCCAGCAUAGAGGCGUUUGUGGUGUGUCAGAAUUACUCUCCUCCAGAAGGAUAUGUGCCCAACAUGUCCAAUCCUCUUCUGGAUCACUCAUAUGAUGUAGAUUUUAAUCAAUUAGAGGGGCCAAACCGUAUCAUAGUUCCUUUCCUGGCCUGUGGGGACCUGAGCGCCUUCGAUUCGGACCGGACUUACCCUCUUCAGCUGGAUGCCAGUGAGGAAUACCACUACACGCCUCCUACCCAGCCUCCCAUUCAACCACCCUACCAACAGGCCUGCCACCUCCGAAAGAACAACCUACUGGCCAAGGAGGACUCCCCUGCUCACCUUGUAGAAGCAGCUUUUUCUGCUAUGGAACUGUCAGCCAGUCAGGGAGACAAUAGCACGGAGCGUCCCUGUUCAGGUCUAGAAUUUAGUGGUUGAUUGGUUGCUUUGCAACAUUUCUCAAGUGUUUUAUCGCUGUCCCUUAUUCAGACAUUGAAUGCAUCAAACAAUAAUUGCGUUCCUUGUCAAGACUUCUUUGGAGUUAUACUUUUUUCCCCCAAUACCCAUUCAGAUUUUUAAUCACCCAAAAUGUUUUAUAUUGUAUCAGUAUCCUGUUUUAAAUUUUUUACAUCUAAAAUAAAUCUAAAGUACUUAAUUACUCCUA